UUGGCCCGGGGACAGACAGUUGACGAGCCUCAGACCUGCUCUACAGUCAGUCCUUUCUUCAUGGCGUCUCGGGUGUGCGCCUAAAUACUUUCAGAGUAAAAUACAGCAGAAGAGCGCAUGAAAGUGUACUUUGUUUGAAGAUGGUGCUUCUAAGAUACCUGUCGACCGUCAUUUGCGCUGUGUUCAUCACCACAGGAGCCGCUUCAGGUUUCCCAAUUACUGAGUGGAUCUGGAAGGUUGACGGCGUGGUUUUGGUUUGAGUCCGAGCUGACGGCAGAGGGCGCCGGAGAUAAAGUUUCCCGCUGAACCAGAGUCAAGGAGGGCGGACGCUGGAAUGGAAACAUCAGCAGCAGAAGAUCACAGGAGUAGACUGAAGAUGACGCUGGCGGAAGACACUCACACACAGACUUGGAACACAGGAGAGAACAUGGAGACACUGGAGACAGGUGAAGAUGUGAAGAAAGCAGUGGGUGAUCAAGUUUCUUUUCGUCCAGACAAAUCUCUUCCUUCUCCUGUCACCAGCAUCAUCUGGAAACACACAAACACUGCUGGAACUGUUAUUAAGGCGAUUGAAUGGGAUGAAGGAGAAAGUCUAAUCCCGAAUCUGAGAUUCAAAGGCAUCACAACUGUUGAUGAGAAGACUGGAGAAAUCACUAUCACUAAUCUAAAAGUUGAACAUAGUGGAGUUUAUACCAUUGAGAUCAACAGUAAAGAGCAGGAACAGAGAUUCACAUUGACUGUUAUGGAGCGGGUCCCCAAACCUGUGAUAAAAAUAGAGAAGAUCAAAGAUAACCCUGAUGCUGUGAAUUUAAUAUGUGAGUACAGUGAAACGAUCAUCUGGAAGAAUUCUGCUGGAGAAACACUGAAGGGUUCAAAACACGAUCCGAAAGGAGAGACUUUAGUGGUCAAAUAUGAAGGAAAUCGUGGAAACUUCUACACCUGUACACUAAAGAACGCAGUGAGUGAGGAGACCAGUGAUCCGCUCUACGAGAGAGAUCUGCCAUCAAUCAAAGGAUGUGCCGUUGCAGCCGUCAUUCCUUCGAUCACUAUGGUUAUCAUCAUGCUUUUACUAUAAUUGAUUUUAACGGUGACUGUGCUGCUUGCUGUGGGAGAUGAACAAGA